AUGCUCAGAAGAAAGGGAGAGUCCGCCAAGAAAAGGUUGGUGUCAGGAACAGCAGCCUCCUUACAAGAGCUUAGUUUGAAGCCCAAUUCCAAUGGUAUACAAUCAUCUGGUAAAACCGAGGACACAGAUGUACCUGGGGAUAGCAUUUCCGGCGAAUUUGGUGCAGCAUUAUCCGAUUCUAAUGUUGAAAAUAGUGUUAAAGCGUUCAAUUUGAUCUUUACCAAACUUAAAAGUACCAGUGAGAUGGAACGUACAGCUGCCUCAUUCGAGUUGAGAUCAUCGUUGAUUUCAUUGGCAAGGGAAGUUUCUACGGAACAUUUUCAACGGUUCAGUAAUGAUAUUAAUAAUAAAGUAUUUGAAUUGAUUCACGGGAACGACUCUAACGAAAAGCUAGGUGGUGUUUUAGCUGUUGAUACUUUGAUUGAUUUCUAUUCUCGUACUGACGAACUACCAAAUCAAACAUCAAGAUUGGCAAACUAUUUACGUGUUCUAAUACCAUCCAAUGAUAUUGAAGUAAUGAGAGCAGCAGCAGGAACCUUAGGUAAACUAGCAGUUCCCGGUGGAACAUUGACAUCGGAAUUUGUGGAAUUCGAAGUUAAAACAUGCAUUGAGUGGUUGACCACAUCUCCAGAAAACUCCUCAUCGAAUUCAAAACAAGAAUAUAGGAAACAUGCAUCUUUAUUAAUUAUCAGUGCAAUUGCUGAUAAUUCUCCAUAUCUACUAUAUCCAUUUGUGAAUUCAAUCUUGGAUAACAUUUGGAGAGCGUUGAGAGAUACAAAACUUGUAAUUAGAACAGAUGCAUCUGUCACAUUGGGAAAAUGUUUGACUAUCAUUAAUAACCGUGAUUCCUCUCUGACGAAGAAAUGGGUUCAAAGACUAUUUAAUGGAUGCAUAUAUGGAUUACAACUCAAUAGUACUGUUUCCAUACAUGGUACAUUGUUGGUUUAUAGACAGUUGGUAUCAUUGGAAGGUGGAUAUUUGAAGGACAAAUUCGAAGAGAUAUAUGAGACUACUAUGAGAUACAGAGAAAACAAAAACAUUAUAAUUAGAAAGGAAAUCUACGCUAUCAUUCCGGUACUUGCUGCGUUUGAUCCUAAGCUAUUUACACAAAAAUAUUUGGAUUCAACAAUGAUCCAUUACUUGACUUUACUAAAGAAUAUGAACUCGCAUCCGGUUACAAAUUCUGACAAGGGUCCUAUCUUAAUUUCUGUUGGUGAUAUUGCAUAUUACGUUGGUCCAGAUAUUGGACCAUAUCUUGACGCCAUUGUCGAAAACCUACGGGAUGGCCUAACGACAAAAUACAAAUUCAGAAAGGAUUAUGAACAGGAAAUUUUCUAUUGCAUCGGCAAACUCGCAUGCGCAGUUCGUCCAUUAUUAGCAAAAUAUCUAAACAGAGGACUACUUGAAUAUAUGUUAGCAUGCCCUUUAAGUGAUCACAUGCAAGAGACCUUACUGAUUGUAUGCGAGAAAAUCCCUUCGUUGGAGGGAACAAUCAAUGAAAAGCUACUCAAUAUAAUAUGUCUUGUACUAUCUGGUGAGAAGUUCAGACCACCGGGAUCCCCUACCCCUAUGAAACCAUUCUCCGCAGAGACCGCAAGAAAUUAUAGAGAUCAAUCACUCUUCAAGAAAACUGGUGAAGCCAAUAACGAUAUUUUUGAUGCUGUUAUACUUACGAAGGCUUUAAGGAUGCUUUCCGACAUAAAACCCAAAUAUUCUCUCACAGAGUUCAUUAGGCGUGUCAUCAUAUCAUAUAUGGAACAUGACAAUUUGCAAGUGAGGAAGCUUGCAGCUUUGACGUCAUGCGAUCUAUUCGUAGAGGACUCCAUCUGUAAGCAAACUUCACUUUACGCUUUGAAUGUUGUUUCCGAGGUAUUGAGCAAACUAUUGACUGUAGCAAUUACAGAUCCAGUUGCCGAGAUUAGACUUGAGAUCUUGAGACACUUAGAUACUAAUUUUGACCCUCAAUUAUCACAACCAGAUAACACUAAACUACUAUUUAUGGCCCUGAACGACGAAGUCUUUGCAAUCCAAAUGGAAGCAAUGAGGAUAUGUGGUCGGUUAGCCCUCGUGAAUCCUGCAUAUGUCAUUCCAUCUUUGAGGAAAACUCUUAUUCAGUUAUUGACUGAAUUGAAACACUCAAAGCUAACUAGAAAGAAAGAAGAGUGUGCUUCUCUAUUAUGUACAUUGAUCAGCUCCAGUAGUGAUGUUACAAAGCCAUAUCUAGAGCCUGUAAUUGAAAUACUACUACCGAAGUCACAAGACUCUUCCUCUGCGGUGGCAUCAACAGCUCUUAAAGCAAUCGGUGAGCUAUCGGUGGUCGGAGGUGAAGAUAUGGUUCCUUUCUUGGAUGAAUUGAUGCCAUUAAUAAUUGAUACUUUCCAAGAUCAGUCUAACUCAUUCAAAAGAAAUGCAGCUUUGAAAGCAUUAGGCCAAUUAUCUGCCUCUUCGGGAUAUGUUAUUGAUCCGCUAUUAGAUUAUCCUGAAUUACUUGGCGUUCUUCUCAAUAUUUUAAAAUCUGAAAGUUCACAGAACAUUCGUAGAGAAACCGUCAGGCUGAUAGGUAUUCUUGGUGCUUUAGAUCCGUAUAAACACAGAGAAGUGGAACGUACAUCUAGUACAAAUAUUACGGUAGAACAAAAUGCCCCUCCAAUUGAUGUGGCUUUGUUAAUGCAAGGUAUGUCUCCAUCUAACGAGGAGUAUUAUCCUACCGUAGUAAUUGGAGUCCUCAUGAAGAUUUUGAAAGAUCCUUCGUUAUCUAUUCACCAUUCAACUGUUAUUCAAGCGAUCAUGCACAUUUUCCAGACAAUGGGGCUUCGCUGUGUCAUAUUUUUGAAACAGAUCAUUCCUGGAUUUAUACUGGUUAUGCACACAUGUCCACCUUCACUUCUUGAGCUCUACUUCCAACAGCUCAGUGUUUUGAUUUCAAUUGUGAAACAACACAUCAGACUACAUGUGUCUGAAAUUGUGGAAGUAAUCUCAGAAUUCUUCCCUAUCGUAAAGCUACAAUUAACUAUCAUCUCGGUUAUCGAAUCACUAUCAAGAGCCUUAGAAGGAGAAUUCAAUCCUUAUUUACCUAAUAUACUAUCUUUGUUUUUGGAUGUUUUGGAAAAAGACCAGUCGAAUAAGAAGGUUGUCUCAAUUAGAAUAUUGAAGUCAUUGGUAGUUUUUGGACCACAUCUAGAGGAAUAUGCUCACCUCGUACUGCCAACUAUCAUAAAACUAUCGGAGUUUAGCUCAGGAAAUUUGAAGAAGGCCGCAAUCAUUACUAUAGGACGUCUAUCGAAAAAUGUCAAUCCACUAGAAAUGUCGUCUAGGAUUGUGCAAGCCCUAGUAAGAGUCUUAAAUACAUCAGAACUCGAGUACGUGAAAGCAACAAUGAACACAUUAAGUUUACUUCUUUUACAACUCAAUAUUGAUUUUACUGUAUUCAUUCCAGUUAUCAAUAAAACUUUAGUCAAACAGAACAUUCAGCACACAAUAUACGACCGUUUGGUUGCCAAACUUUUGAAUAAUGAGCCACUACCGACCAAAAUUAUUAUUGAUAAAGAUUUCGAUUUACCUAAUAAAGAAAUGGACGAUGUAAAGGUAGCUUCCAAGAAGCUUCCUGUCAACCAACUUGUGCUAAAAAAUGCCUGGGAUUGUAGUCAACAAAGAACAAAGGAGGACUGGCAAGAGUGGAUUAGACGGCUAUCAAUUUCUUUACUCAAAGAAUCAUCUUCUCAUGCUUUACGUGCCUGCUCCGGAUUGGCUGGUAUCUACUAUCCAUUAGCUAGAGAAUUAUUCAACGCCUCAUUUGCAAGUUGUUGGGGUGAACUUUACACGCAAUAUCAAGAGGAUUUGGUUCAGUCUUUGUGCUCUGCUUUAUCCUCACCAAACAAUCCUCCUGAAAUCCACCAGACAUUAUUAAAUUUGGUUGAAUUCAUGGAGCAUGACGACAAACCGCUACCAAUUUCUAUAUCAACUCUUGGCGAAUACGCUCAGCGUUGUCAUGCAUAUGCAAAAGCUUUACAUUAUAAAGAACUGGAGUUCAUUGAAGAGCCAACAACUUCAACUAUCGAGUCCUUAAUCAGUAUCAAUAAUCAAUUACACCAAACAGAUGCAGCAAUCGGUAUUUUGAAGCAUGCGCAGCAACACCACGAUCUACAAUUGAAGGAAACUUGGUACGAAAAGUUACAAAGAUGGGAUGACGCUUUGACUGCGUAUAAUAAGCGUGAGGCUGCUGGUGAAGAUUCGAUAGAAGUUACAAUUGGUAAAAUGAGAUCAUUACACGCCUUAGGUGACUGGGAUCAAUUGUCUGAACUUGCAGCAGACAAGUGGGCUUCGUCAAAGAUAGACAUUAAGAGAGCAAUCGCUCCUCUGGCUGCGGGUGCUGCGUGGGGUUUAGCUCAAUGGGAUCGAAUCGAGCAGUACAUUGAGGUGAUGAAACCACAAUCUCCAGAUAAGGCCUUCUUUGCUGCCGUUCUUUGUCUACAUCGCAACAAUUUCGAUAAAGCACAAGAACAAAUCUUUGCUGCCAGAGAUCUUCUUGUUACUGAAAUGUCUGCCUUGGUGAACGAAAGUUACAACCGUGCUUAUGGUGUUGUGGUAAGAACUCAAAUGGUCGCGGAAUUAGAAGAAAUAAUUCAGUAUAAAAAUUUACCACAGGGUUCCGAUAGACGGGCUAUGAUACGGAAGACAUGGAACAAAAGAUUGUUAGGUUGUCAAAAGAAUGUUGAUGUCUGGCAAAGAAUUCUAAAGGUACGGUCACUAGUUAUAAAGCCUAAACAAGAUAUGAAAGUAUGGAUUAAAUUUGCUAAUCUUUGUAGGAAGUCCGGACGGUUAGGUCUAGCUCAGAAGACAUUGAACACUCUUCUGGAAGAGAGUAGUGAUCCAAAGAAUCCAAAUACUGCUCGUGCACCUCCACCAGUUGUCUACGCCCAAUUGAAAUACAUGUGGGCUACAGGUUCUCAAAAGGAAGCACUCAACCAUUUAAUAAGCUUUACUUCUCGUAUGGCACACGAUCUAGGCCUCGAUCCCAGUAACAUGAUAGCUCAAAGUGUCCCACAGAAUAGCAGCGUAUCUCAGCAUCACAUUGAAGACUAUACGAAGUUACUUGCUCGUUGUUUCUUAAAGCAAGGUGAAUGGAGAGUCUCACUACAGCCAAAUUGGCGCCUGGAAAAUCCUGAUGCUAUCCUAGGUUCCUAUUUACUAGCUACUCACUUUGAUAAGUCGUGGUAUAAAGCUUGGCAUAAUUGGGCAUUGGCAAACUUCGAGGUCACUUCGUCGCUUACCCAGCGAAUCAAAGAUGACAAAGUUCUAACACUUGAAGACGCCUCUACGGAGUUUACCAAUGGUGCCGUGGCAGGGCUUGGCGCGAAUGAAAAUUUCCCUCCAGAACUGGUCCAACGUCAUGUCGUGCCAGCCAUCAAAGGUUUUUUCCGUUCUAUUGCUCUUUCCCAAUCGAGUUCUUUACAGGAUACGUUAAGAUUACUCACUUUGUGGUUCAAAUUCGGUGGUAUUCCAGAAGCUGCACAAGCUAUGCAUGAAGGCUUUGGAUUGAUCAAGAUCGAUAACUGGUUAGAAGUUAUCCCACAAUUGAUCUCCCGAAUUCAUCAACCAAAUCAAACCGUUAGUAGAUCUUUACUAUCUUUGCUAGCUGAUUUGGGUAAAGCCCAUCCACAGGCAUUAGUGUAUCCAUUGACAGUUGCCAUUAAAUCUGAUUCGGUCUCAAGACAGAGGGCAGCUUUGUCCAUCAUAGAUAAGAUGAGAAUGCACAGUCCUAAACUUGUCGAUCAAGCAGAAUUAGUAAGUGACGAAUUGAUCAGAGUCGCUGUUUUGUGGCACGAACUUUGGUACGAAGGUCUUGAAGAUGCUAGUAGACAAUUCUUUGGUGAACAUAACACGGAAAAGAUGUUUGCCACUUUGGAGCCAUUGCAUGAGAUGCUAAAACGUGGUCCUGAAACCUUGCGUGAGAUUUCGUUCCAAAAUUCGUUUGGUAGGGAUUUGAACGAUGCCCACGAGUGGGUAAUGAACUACAAGAGAACAAAAGAUAUCAACAACCUUAACCAAGCUUGGGAUAUCUAUUAUAAUGUCUUCCGUCGUAUUAGCAGGAAACUCCCUCAAUUACAGACGUUGGAUCUCCAACAUGUUUCACCAAAACUAGCUGCUGCGAAAGAUUUAGAACUUGCUGUUCCAGGUACAUAUCAUGCCGGAAAACCUGUCAUUAGAAUUACCCAUUUCGAGCCAAUAUUUACUGUUAUUUCAUCCAAACAGCGUCCUCGUAGGCUAUCUAUCAAGGGUAGCGAUGGUAAAGACUAUCAAUAUAUUGUCAAGGGCCAUGAAGAUAUCAGACAAGAUAAUUUGGUCAUGCAAUUGUUUGGUUUGGUUAAUACUUUAUUACAGAAUAACCCCGAGAGUUUCCAAAGGCAUUUGAACAUUCAACAAUACCCUGCUAUCCCAUUAUCACCUAAAUCCGGUCUUUUGGGAUGGGUUCCAAAUAGUGAUACAUUCCAUGUCUUGAUCAGAGAACAUCGUGAAGCAAGCAAAGUUCCACUAAAUAUAGAACACAGAAUAAUGCUCCAAAUGGCUCCUGAUUAUGAUAACCUAACUCUAUUGCAAAAAGUGGAAGUUUUCACUUAUGCUCUUGAUAACACCAAGGGCCAGGACUUGUAUAAGGUUCUAUGGUUAAAGAGUCGUUCAUCAGAAUCAUGGCUCGAACGUCGUACAACUUACACAAGAUCGUUAGCCGUCAUGUCAAUGGUAGGAUAUAUUUUAGGUUUAGGUGAUCGUCAUCCAAGUAAUUUGAUGUUGGACCGUGUUACUGGUAAAGUUGUCCACAUUGAUUUCGGUGACUGUUUCGAAGCUGCAAUUCUCAGAGAGAAAUACCCAGAAAAGGUACCAUUCAGAUUAACAAGAAUGUUAACGUACGCAAUGGAAGUCAGUGGUAUUGAAGGUAGUUUCCGUAUCACCUGUGAGAACGUAAUGAUGGUCCUAAGGGAUAAUAAGGAGUCCUUGAUGGCUAUUUUGGAAGCCUUUGCAUACGAUCCAUUAAUCAACUGGGGUUUCGAUCUACCGACUCAAGCCGUGAUGGAACAGACGGGAAUAGAUCUACCUCUUGCAAAUCCAAGUGAGUUACUAAGAAAGGGCGUCAUCACCGUUGAAGAUGCGGCCAAGAUGGAACUACAACAAAAGGCAGAAGUCCGCAACGCAAGAGCCACUCUUGUUCUCAAAAGAAUCGCUGAUAAACUUACUGGUAACGAUUUCCCAAGGUAUCAAGAACUAUCUGUGCCUGAUCAAGUCGACAAGUUGAUCCAGCAAGCUACAUCAGUAGAAAACCUAUGUCAACAUUACAUCGGCUGGUGUUCGUUCUGGUGA